AUGAAAGAAGAUGAGAACUAUUUACUUGAUUUUAACAGUACAGACUCAGACAUUGAUUUUAUAAUUGAUAGACCCACAAUCUAUGAAAUAGAUGAAAAGAGUUUAUUAACUGCUAAAGCAGUUAAUUUAGAUGAUGUUAAAAACAAACCAUGGGAUAUGCCUGGUGCUGAUAUAAAUGAUUAUUUUAAUUACGGUUUUACUGAGAAAACUUAUAAAUUAUUUUGUUCUAUGGAAAACAACAGGCAAAAUUUUGUUAAACAAAAUUCUUCUAAUACUUUUAAUAGAAGUUCUAAUCAAAGUUACUCUAAAAAUUUUAAUAAUCAACCUAAUCAAAAUUAUACUAAAAAUUAUAAUACUUCUGAUAAAGACUAUAAUAAGAGAAAUUAUAAUGAUGGAUAUAAAAAGAAUUAUAAUGACAGUUAUAAAAAGAAUUAUUAUAAUGAUAAUAAUAAAAAACAAUUUGAUCAAAAUGAUAAAGUUAAAAGAGGAAGAAGAUUUUAA